GUAGUCUCAAGUUCUCUUCCCGCGCAAAUGGGAGCUUCCUUGGAACUUGGAGCACCCAGAAGUUUCUAAUCUCUUUAAAGCUUUGUUUUCAGGCAAUUUCCCCAAGAACCAUUUACCUCCAGAGGAUCGGUGGAAUUUGAUCUGAAGGCUGGCCAUGACAUCUCAACCUCAAAGCCUGAGUUCCAGUAUGGAUGAUAACUGUACAAUGAACUUUCGAGGGAAGCUUCUGGCUAUUGAUUCAAACCUGGGGGAUCAAGAUGUGGAACGCUUGAAGUUUCUCUGCCGAGACUGUGUCUCCCACAAGAAGCUAGAGAAGUCCAGCUCAGCCUUGCAUAUUUUUGACCAUCUCUUGACAGAGGAGCUGCUGAGUGAGGAAGACUCCUUCUUUCUGGCAGAGCUCCUGUAUAUCAUCAAGCAGAAGUCACUGCUGCGGCACCUCUGCUACACCAAAGAGCAGGUGGAGAGCUUGCUGCCCGCCAGAAGGAGGGUUUCUCUGUUCAGAAACCUGCUGUACGACCUGUCAGAAGGCAUGGACUCAGACAACUUAAACGGCAUGAUCUUCCUUCUGAAGGACAUGAUUCCAAAAACCCAGAUGACUUCUCUAAGUUUACUGGCACAUCUGGAGAAACAAGCUCAAAUAGAUGAAGAUAAUCUGACGUUACUGGAGGAUCUCUGCAAAAAAGUUAUGCCUAACUUUAUCAGAAAGAUAGAAAAAUAUAAGAGAGAGAAAGCCUCCCAGGUAGUGACACCUCCCGUAGACAAGGAAACUGAGUUGUUGGAUCCAGCAGAGGAGGAACUGUUUUCCCGUUCGGACAUUAAACAAAUCUUCAGAGCCUUACCGGAUCCUUUCUUUCAAGAAUCAGCCUUGUACAGGAUGGAUGGGACCCAUAGAGGCCACUGUGUCGUUGUCAACAACCACAGCUUUACUACGCUGUCAGACAGACGAGGGACCAAUAAAGAUGCUGACUGCCUGAGGCAUGUGUUUCAGUGGCUUGGGUUCAAGGUGCAGAGAUAUGAUAAUGUGACUAAAGGGCACCUGGAUGAGAUUCUGCAGAAAUAUAAGAGCCUUCCGGGCCAUGCUAAUGGAGACUGCUUCGUGUUCUGUGUUCUGACCCAUGGGGAAUUUGGAGCUGUCUACUCUUCAGAUGAGGCCCUCAUUCCCAUUCGGGAGAUCAUGUCUCACUUUACAGCCCAGCAGUGCCCUGGUCUGGCUCACAAACCCAAGCUCUUUUUCAUCCAGGCCUGUCAAGGCGAAAAGAUACAACCUUCUGUAUCCAUUGUGGCAGAUGCUAUAAAUCCUGAGAAUGCGACCCCUUCCCUUCAGGACAGUAUUCCUGUUGAGGCGGAUUUCCUUCUUGGCCUGGCCACUGUCCCUGGCUACGUAUCCUUUCGGCAUGUGGAGGAAGGUAGCUGGUAUAUUCAAUCUCUGUAUAAUCAUCUGAAGUCCUUGGUUCCAAGACGUGAAGAUAUCUUAUCCAUCCUCACCGCUGUCAAUGAUGAUGUGAGUCGACAGGUGGACAGAGGUGGGACAAAGAAACAGAUGCCCCAGCCUGCUUUCACUCUACGUAAAAAGCUAGUGUUCCCUGUGCCAAAGGAAGAGCUUUGAUUACAGGGGAGAAUUUUUAUCGACUCUUAGACUUGAAAGGCACCUUUGGUCAUCUCCAGCCUCCCACCCAGCAUAGGAAUCGGUGACAGAUGGUGAGCUGGCCUCGCCUGUCAUUCUAAUGAUACGAAAUGCCCUAUUGUCUUACACUGCAAAUUCUGGGUUGUUUUUUUUUU